CGACUUUUCUUAUAUUUCGAUAGAGGUAAUCGGCUAUAUAGGGAGGAAGACGAGCUUGAUAAUCCAGCCCAACACGCAAAAGCUACCUCCAUUCGAUAUAUUUUUCACGAAUAUAGCUCGAACACACAAUCGUUUUCAUAUAGAGCUUAUUGACCUACCAUAAACCCGCAGCCAUGUCGUUCGGUGGCCAGACCCCGACCAUCAUUGUGCUCAAGGAGGGAACGGAUUCAUCGCAGGGAAAGGGACAAGUUAUAUCGAAUAUCAAUGCCUGCUUAGCUGUUCAAGAAACCAUUAGAAGCACCCUGGGCCCAUACGGAGGGGAUUUGUUACUGGUGGACGAGAAUGGCAGACAAACGAUCACAAAUGACGGAGCAACUGUCAUGAAGCUCUUAGAUAUUGUUCACCCCGCAGCCCGAAUUCUCACAGAUAUUGCGCGAUCGCAAGACGCCGAAGUUGGAGAUGGAACGACCUCCGUCGUGGUCCUGGCUGGCGAGAUCCUGAAGGAGAUCAAGGAGCAUGUGGAGCAGGGCGUGAGCUCGCAGACUAUUAUCAAGGGACUGAGAAGAGCUAGCAUGAUGGCGGUCAACAAGAUUAAGGAGAUUGCUGUCAACACAAACGAGGGCAACCAGAGGGACACAUUGAGCAAAUUGGCGGGCACAGCAAUGAGCAGCAAGCUUAUCAAGAGGAACACAGGCUUCUUCACCAAGAUGGUUGUCGAUGCCGUCCUGACUCUGGACCAAGACGAUCUGAACGAGAACCUCAUUGGCGUUAAGAAGAUUCCGGGUGGCUCCCUCACCGAUUCUCUCUUCGUCAACGGUGUUGCGUUCAAGAAGACCUUCUCUUACGCCGGUUUCGAGCAACAACCAAAGUCGUUCAAGAACCCAAAGAUUGUGUGUCUCAAUGUAGAGCUGGAGUUGAAGAGCGAGAAGGACAACGCUGAGGUCAGGGUGGAGCAAGUUUCCGAAUACCAAGCGAUUGUCGACGCCGAAUGGCAAAUCAUUUACAACAAGAUGGAGGCUCUAUACAAGUCUGGCGCCAAGGUUGUCCUCUCCAAACUCCCCAUCGGAGAUCUCGCCACCCAGUACUUUGCCGACCGCGACAUCUUCUGCGCUGGCCGUGUCGCAUCCGCCGACCUUGACCGCAUCAUCCAAGCCUGCGGAGGUUCCAUCCAAUCCACAUGCUCUGAUAUCCACCCCGAGCACCUCGGUGUCUGCGGCCGCUUCGAGGAGAAGCAGAUCGGAAACGAGCGCUUCAACUUUUUCGAGGACUGCCCCGAGGCCAAGACCUGCACCCUCGUCCUCCGCGGCGGCGCCGAGCAGUUCAUCGCCGAAGUCGAGCGCUCCCUGCACGACGCCAUCAUGAUCGUCAAGCGCGCCAUCAAGCACAACACCAUCGUUGCAGGUGGCGGCGCCUGCGAGAUGGAGAUCUCAGCCUACCUGCACCGAUACGCCGACAAGAGCAUCUCGAACAAGCAGCAGGCGAUCAUCAAGUCGUUCGCCAAGGCGCUCGAGGUGAUUCCGCGCCAGCUGUGCGACAACGCCGGCUUCGACGCGACCGACAUCCUCAACAAGCUGCGCGUCGAGCACCGCAAGGGCAGCACCUGGGCCGGUGUCGACUUUGUCCACGAGGGCAUCGCUGAUAACAUGGAGAAGUUUGUGUGGGAGCCCGCGCUUGUCAAGAUCAAUGCCAUCCAGGCGGCGACGGAGGCCAGUUGCCUGAUCCUGAGCGUGGACGAGACGAUCAAGAAUGAGGAGUCGCAGGCGCCGCAGGCACCCGGCCAGCAAUUACCGCCUGGAGCUGCGCAGAGGGCGCUCAGGGGCAGAGGCAGAGGGAUGCCAAGGAGAUGAACGGGCGCUGAUGAGAUUAUGUAAAAGAGAAAAAAAGCGGAUGUUAAUGUAUAUUAGAGGUUCGGAUACCAUAGAUCUGAAUCCUUAUAUCAUAGUGCAUAACAACUACAGCUUUCAAA